AUGGCCGCUAUAGCUACUGUCUCUGCUCUCUCCCCACCGUCAGCCCCGACCUGCGGUAUCACACCGGCCGCUUUGCCCCCGCCUGGUCAACCGGACAUCUCUUACCACCCAGAUUGGGACAAGUACCAAGCACGUGUAGCCCGCCGGACCCAGACCGAGGAGCUCAUCAAGACCCUCCCUGAGGGUUUCCCCAAAGAGCUCAAGGGAGACCUCGUUUGGGACGGAGAGACUAUUGCUCAGAAAUACGACUGGACGUACGUUCUAUCGCCUGCUCAACUGGAAGAGAUCGACAAGGCCCUUGCAUAUUUUAAAUCCCUCAACAUUUCCAAGGGUUAUAUUACACAAGAGACCUUCCCGCUCCCCAAGCUGCACGACGAGCUACGCAGGCUAUCUCGUGAGCUACACUACGGCCAUGGCUUCUUUGUUCUUAGAGGCUUAGACGUUGACCGCUAUACCCGUGAAGAGAACAUCAUCAUAUACGCGGGCGUUUCUUCCCACAUAGGCUCUAUACGCGGCCGCCAGGAUGCUUACUUUCAAGGUGAACGUGCUGAUGUUGUUAUCGGACAUAUCAAGGACGUUCGUUCUGGCCUCGGCGAGUCUCGGGACAAGACUAAGAUCAAGAUCGGAACGCCUGCCUACACUGCUGAUAAACAGGUCUUCCAUACCGACUCCGGAGAUAUAGUUUCUCUUUUUGCCUUAUCCACAGCCGCCGAGGGAGGUGCCAGUCGGUUGGCCAGCACAUGGCGUGUGUACAAUCACAUUGCAGCCACGCGACCAGAUCUCAUUCACACUCUGAGCGAACGCUGGGAUGCAGAGCUUUUCACAAGGACUGUCAACGAUACCGACAAGUUCAUGAGCCGCCCGUUAAUUCACCAUGUCCCUGCUAGCACCGAUGGCAAGAUCCCCGACAGAAUCCUUCUUCAGUAUGGACGCCGCUACUAUGUUGGUUUCGGAGAAAUCCCCCGUGGCAAACAUCUACCGCCAAUCACCGAGGCCCAGGCCGAAGCCCUCGAUACUUUACACUUCCUGGGUGAGCGCUUCAGCGUGUCGACUAAUUUCGAGAAGGGCGACAUGCAAUAUGUCAACAAUGUGGCUAUUUUCCACGCUCGCGAUGGCUUCACGGAUACCAAAGAUAAGCAGAGACAUUUGCUUCGAAUAUGGCUUCGUGAUCCUGAGUAUGCAUGGAAGACGCCUGCAGCACUCGCCUCGAGAUGGGAGCGAGUAUACGGUGGCGUCACGCCUGAGUUACAGACAUUUCCUCUUGAGCCUCAUACCCGUAGUGAAAGCACAACGGCGGCACAGUCAAAGUCUUAG